AUGAGGAUAACAUGCGUACUCUUUGGCCUCUGGUUGCUGGUCGCCUACGUGCACUGCAGCCCUGUGGACAAGCGGGAAGCUGAACCGGAGGACCUGAGUCCAUUGAACGAGGUGUACAUCGUGGAGGCUGAGGAUGAUCAGGCUGCGGAUGGGGACAGGAGCGACAGGGACAAGAGGAAGAUCGGUGUGUUGAAGCUGGGCGUGUCUAAUGGGAUAAUCAACUUCGUUUUCAGCAAGCUCGACUCGUUCAUCGACUCCAAGACGAAGGCUCUCAUCGCGUUGGAAGACGCGAACAAGGUGAAGAACGCCGCGUACGGCAUCGACACGAAGCACUCGGCCACGGGCAAGUUCAUCAGCGACCUAGUCGCUGCCAAGAUCCAGGCCGCGAGCGGAAGCAUCGGACCUGUGAUACACAGCGCUCAAACUUUGAUCGCGGGUACGAAGAGCGGAUUGGCAGACGCAGCCCUGUCGAAAUUGGCACCUCUCAGCUCCAUCGCAACUGGCGUGUCCGCUGGACUGGCGGGUAAAUUGGAACACGGAGCUCACGCCGUUCACGCCGCUCACAGCGGUCACGGUGGUCACGGCGUAGAUUUAGGUGUCAGCCACCACGACAACAGCGGAGUUACCGGCACCGUCCUGAGUAACCUUCUGAACAGCCUGACAGAGCUGAGCCACAAGGGCGGCGCUGUUUCCGGUCCCAGUGCUCACGGCCACGAUGCCCCCGUUGUGGGUCACCCCGGGGCCUAUGCGAGCUUAGGCGCAGGGGGACCGAUCUCGACGACCACGGAGGACAUCCCUGAAUUCGAUAGGACGAAGGUGUCCUUGGAAAUACCGCCGAACGUAUUCGGUACCGGUUUCACCCUGAUAACCAACAUCAGCAAGAUCGUCAGUAGCGUGAUACUCAACUCAGCCCGUCGAACACAGACUCUGCUAGAGAUCUUCAAGCCAUUCUUCCGCGGAGCGCUCGCCAUCAAGGGUCUACCAUCGGACAAUCCUCACUAG